AUGGCGCGGUUAGUAGACAUCAAGCACCAGCGCGGGUUCUGGACUAAGGUUUGCAUCGAGUACGGCAUCUAUACACUGUUCAUCGCCUUCGUUUACUUCUUUCUUAUCGGCGUGCCGCUCUGGGAGGGUGCAGCGUUCUGGCUCUACUGGAUCAUGCGGCACAAGUUCGUUUUCCAAGGAGGGUGGGCUAUUGUCAUUGCGGUUCUAGUAUUCUAUGCCUAUACUCCGCUUUUGAUCACCUUCCAGGGCGACGCACCAGGUCCGGAAGCCCUCAGCACUGCACUCCUGAUCCCGACGUACCGAUCCGCGCCUAUACUUGGGAAGACCCUCGAGGCGGCAAUGAAGGUCUUUCCAGCAGAGAACAUAUACAUAGUCGCGAAUGGAAACUCCUCAACACCGCUUGAUAACACCGAGGACAUAUGCCGGGAAUACCGGGUAAACCAUAUCUGGAGUCCCGUCGGUUCGAAAAUCGUCGCGCUCUUCGUCGGGUGCUACGCUGUGAACUGCUUUCGCUCCGUGCUUGUCAUGGACGACGACUGUAUCCUCCCACCGAACUUCAUCGUCGUUGCUUCUCGCCUAUCGGAUCGAACGCGAUGCAUCGGCUACACCAUCAAAGCGGCAGGUCUGACUACUUAA